UCUUGAAGUGACGUCCUGUACUGACGACGAAGACGACGACGACUGGUCAGCACAACUCACUUCCCGAGUGCAACAGUAAACAUCUACUGGUUGACUAUUGCGAGUCUUCCAGAAGCCUGCCUGAGCACACCCUUCAGCUCGGGCGAACUACCAGAGGAUUGAGCAUCAAGACCCCUUUUGGCGCGUCUGCUUUUAUCAUUGUCUUGCAAUGCCUGCCCAACGAGAACCAGCUGGGGAUAGUGGUCGCGUGGACGAUUUCAAUUCGAGUUUGGAAAGGACUCGUCAGACACUGGACAGGAGUCGAGUCAAUAGAGUUCGAACUCACGGCAGCCGGCAAGCACGCCGUCGUGGAGAAAGAGGAUCUUCAAGCAGAGGCCAAGUGAACCUGACGUCGCCGUUCUCAAGGCUCCAAUGCCAGAAUGAAGGCGACCUCGCUGCGACGCAGUUGGACUCGAGCGCCACGCUUGGGUCGACCUCGCCACCAUGCUUCCCGUCUUUCACUGACUCGAUGAUGGUUAACGUGGACCCCGAGGAAGACUUUGGAGUCAGUUCGAGCGGGCCGUACGAGCGAGAUCAGAAUCAGGGUGAGAGCCGUCAAUGGCCAAGCACUGUCCACGAAACUCCUCAAGUCCUCGAUGUAGGCCAAGCAUCAUAUGUCAUCGGCCAUAGCGAGGUGACACUGGAUUGGUGGGUCUACAACCAGCAGUCGCCUUGGGACCCUCUAGUCAUGCAGCACAAAGGUCCGCGGAAGGGUCUGGACGCCAGGUAUCUCCAGCUGCGGGACAUGAUCGAGAGCUACCAGACAUUGCCCUGAGACUCUAGAGAUGGCGGGCGGCUAUGCAGUAUUUAUUGUUUUCGACC